AUAAGAAAAAUACCAAAGGAAAAAGAGAAGAAAAGAAAAGAGAAAGAGAGUGGAAAAGAAGAAGAAGAAGAAGGGACCGGUGAUGUGUUGCACGUCACGUGCUCCACGUGUCGGCACAGCGAUGAAUCCUCCUCCUCUACCGCCAAGAAGAAUCUUCUUCCUCUUUUUCCGCUACGUGGCGUGCGUCGAUCGAUGAAGGAAGUAUUGUUUUCAUAUAAUCACGAAAUAUACUCGAAGUAAGGGAAGAAGAAACGUUAGAAAAACCGAAGAGAGAGAGAGAGAGAGAUAUAUAUAUAUAUAUAUAUAUAUAUAUAUAUAUAUAUAUAUAUAUCGAUCAUUCUUCUCCAACCAAUCCCCCUCUCCCCUCGAUGUGCUGGCGAUCUUGCGAUGCUCGUCCAUCCUACGACAUAUCCGCCGGAUUUUCCUUCCUUUCGUAUUAAAAAACUGCUCUGUCUUCCGGUCUUGUCUACGCGAGAAAAAGUAUGUCGAGGACGACGACGUUACUCUACGAGAAAACUCGAAACGAAUGAUAGCGAGAAGCCGUUCGAUGAGAAGCGACGGGAAUGAAUGAAUGAACGAAUGAAUAAUAAUUAUAAUUAUAAUAAUAAUAAUAAUAAUAAUAAUAAUAAUAAUUGAUAUAAAAAAUGCUUUAUCGAUCGACAGAUCGAUUAGCUCGAGAGUGAGAUGUGAAGGGGGGGAAAAAUACGAUCGAGACUUUCCUAUCGAAAGAGGGGUGAGAAGGGGAGAGCCAGAGUUAAGAGAGGGAGCGUUAGCGCUGAUUUGUGUAAAAAAAAAAAAAAGAAAGAAAAAUCGGGGGUUUACGAUUAAAAUCGUCACGUUUGUUUGUGUCAUUGGUGUCGAUAGGCUGGAAACGUGAAAAUCUACCAAGGAGAGGGGAUACAAAACAGAGGCAAUAAAAAAGGCGGAAGGUAAAUAAGUAGAGAAGGCAGAUGAGAUGUGAAGUACGAGGACAGGAGGGUGCUGCUACCACCAUUGCCACCACCACCACCGUCGCUACCGCCACCGCCUCCAACACCACCACCACCACCACCACCACCACAACCAUCACCACCACCGCCGUCAUCCAAGUCGAAGUCCGAGUAGAAUUAGCGGAAGUCGCAAAGCCGGAGACGACAGGGUCGCCGGUGAUCGUCGAGGCAACGAGACGUCACGGCCGAAACUGGGGCGGGCCGCCUGAAAUGACGGCCCUGCGACGAUCCUUCGCGGCACCCGCUUACAAGACAUCUUCCUUCGUCCUCCUAUUCCUCGUUGGUUUGCUACUCCGGAUAAACCCUACCACCGGUGGUAUCUGUUGGUCAUCGAUCAGCAAUGGCCGCUGCAAAGAAUUAUUGUCUCAAGGUGUCACGAGAGAGGAUUGUUGCGCGUCGAAUGCAGCUGCUGCAACGGCUUACUCGGAUGAAGAUUUGGACAGUGGAAGUCUUUUCUUUUGGCGAGUUCUCGGAGGUGGUGUCCAAUGUCGACCUUGCAGAGAGAGUUGCGCGGAAGUGAAAUGCGAGGAAGGGAAAAAGUGCGUGGUGCGGAGGGGAAGGCCUCGAUGCGUCUGUAGCCCCGAAUGCAAAGCUCCGAGAGGAGGUGGCCCGGUCUGCGGAACGGACGGAAGGAGUUACAAGAGCUUGUGCAGGCUCAAGAAGCGAGCUUGCAAGAAGGGGAGCCACGAGCUUGCCGUUGCCUACACCGGCCACUGCCAAAGUUCGUGCGCACGGGUCCGGUGCGGCCAAGGUCGGAGCUGCCUGCUGGACCAGAACCUAAGUCCUCACUGCGUGAGGUGCGCCCGCAGGUGCCCGCAAGCGCCCUCGCACCAACACACAACCGCUCGGCCCGUUUGCGGGGCCGACGGAAACACCUACAAGAGUGCCUGCCACCUGCGACUCGCCGCCUGCCGCGCGGGUCGCGCCAUUCCGGUCGCCUAUAAGGGCCACUGCAAACAGAACGCGGAUUGCACGACGAUUCGCUGUCGGGAGGGGCAGACCUGCCUGACGGAGAUAAAGUCCGGUCGGCCGCGUUGCGUGACUUGCACGUACCGUUGCCCCCGGAAGCGGGAACGCAUCCGGAACCGGACGCACCGCGAUCGUGAUCGGGAUCGAGAUCCAUCGACGACCAUGCUGUGCGCGACCAACAACAUCACCUAUCCCAGCUGGUGUCACAUCGUCAAGGACGCCUGCGUCACCGGCUUCGUUCUCGAGACGCGACAUGCCGGACCCUGCAACGCCUACGACACAUCUCCCCUUUAUAUCGAAGAGGACAACACGUCGAGCAAUUAUGGCGUAGAUUUGGCAGACGAGGAGAGAAAAAUCUCGGAGGAAGAUUCAGAAUCCUCUAAGACUUUCCAACAACAUCAUACGUUGGCAUCGACGUAGCGUGGUUCGAAUUAAACAACCAUAACCCGAAUGGUAGGAUAGAUAAAAAUGCAAGCAAGUCGAAUCGUCUUAACGAAUGAUGAAUCGGAAAGAUAAUAGUUGUUCCUUCUUUCGAGACUCGAAUGAUCCCUUUCACGAAAAUUCCAUGACUAUGCAUGUCCGAUAUGUAUAUAUAUAUGUGUGUAUAUAGAGAUAUACAUAUACACGCAUACAUAGAUGUAUACAUGUAGUAUGUAUUUAUAUAUCGGUGAGAAGAGAUACGAGUGAAAGGGGAA